AACAAGCAUUUUCUGAUGAUUUUAAUAAAUUUAAUCUAUUUUCAAAUUUGUUGUCUUUCAAAUCUAUUGAAAUCACGCGAUCGAUCAAUAUUUUAUAUAAACAAUAAUAAAACCACCAUCUCAGCAAAAAGUCUGCUAUAUGUGUAACGUAGGAAUUCAAAGAAAAGACGUCGAGGCGACCAUUUCUCACCAGUACAACCCUGAGUCAGAGAAAAACAGAGAGAAGAUGGAGGCAACUGCCAAAGUAUCAUCAAUAUUUAUAUACCCAGUUAAAUCAUGCCGUGGAAUUUCCCUCUCUCAGGCACCUCUAACUCCUACUGGAUUUCGAUGGGAUCGGAACUGGUUAGUUGUGAACUACAGAGGAAGGGCAUAUACCCAAAGAGUUGAACCAAAGCUUGCUUUAGUUGAGAUAGAGCUGCCGGAUGAGGCAUUUUCGGAGGGCUGGGAACCUACUAAGAACUCAUUUAUGAAAAUAAAGGCUCCUGGGAUGAGUGUGCUUAAGAUAUCUCUGAUGAAGCCAAGUGAAGUAGUGGAGGGUGUCUCGGUAUGGGAGUGGUCUGGCUCUGCAUUGGAUGAGGGAGCUGAAGCAGCAAAAUGGUUCUCAGAUUAUUUGGGGAAACCCAGUCAACUAGUACGUUUUAAUGCAGCUUCAGAAACAAGGCUCAUAGAUCCUAAUUAUGCACCUGGACACAAAACUAUGUUUUCUGACCUCUUUCCGUUCAUGCUGAUCUCCCAGGGAUCUUUGGAUGCACUGAAUCAGCUUCUCAGGGAACCUGUUCCUAUUAAUCGUUUUAGACCAAACAUCCUUGUUGAAGGCUGCGAACCAUUUUCUGAGGACUUGUGGACUGAAAUUAGGAUAAGCAAGUUCACAUUUGAAGGUGUCAAGCUAUGUUCCCGCUGCAAGAUACCUACAAUCAAUCAAGAUACUGGGAUUGGAGGGACUGAGCCAAAUGAAACUCUAAAGAAAAUCCGAUCAGAUAAAGUUUUGCGCCCAGAUAAGAAACAGCAGGGAAAGAUCUAUUUUGGACAGAACUUGGUUUGGAAGGAAAACCCUAGUGAAGGGCAUGGAAAGAUUGUUAAAGUGGGAGAUCCUGUUUUCGUCCUUAAGAAGAGGAUAACUGAAUGGAAAUGGAGUUCGUGGAGCGAAUUCGCUCAUCUCUCUCCUGUAAUCGCAAAUCCAAUUGAUGCUCUGACCUCACCAUAAAUGUUCAUGAUUCACAAACUGACAAGGCAUCAAGAAUCAAGGGGCUUGGUAAGAGGCUUGUUUGCGGGGCCGUGCAUUAAAACAAAGAGGUGGUGGUUUCAAAAUAGGUGUGAAAAGUUCAAUUUAAUCCUUUUAAUUUUUUAAAUGAUCACUUUUCAGCCUUUUUAGUUGUUUAAAAUUAAAUUUUGACAUAAGAUUUUAUUUUUUAGUCCUUUUCUUGGCUUGAGAGAGAAGAAAGUCUUGAUUAACAUCUAUUUCAGCCAUCAAGAUAGAUGAUCUUGAUAUUAGUGAGUUCUAUUCGAUAAAGAAAGUUCCAAUAAUGUAUAUUUUGGUAUUAUUGUUGCUUGAUAUAGUAGAUCUAAGCUUAAAAAGUUUUUGGAUUCAA